AUGGAGGACGCGCACCGGGCCGCCCGCCUGGCCGCCUCCUGCCUCCGCACGCCGCUCGACCCCCGCACUCGGGCACCCGCCGCGCUCUACGAGCGGGGACCGCCGCCCGCCGCGCAGGAUGGCUUUGACUUGGAUUCAAAUACCAACAGAGAUCAGACCUCCCCUCCAAAGAGAGACUGUGACAAUGGGAUAGACUUUUCCAAAAUGUACAAUUCUAAUCAAGAGUAUUACUUGAAGCUGGAAGAGCUGAAGAAUGCUCACAUGGAGACCAUGGCAAAACUGGAAAGCAUGUAUCAGAACAAACCCUAUUUAAAAGGAGUACCAGCCUUAGAUAAGAGAAAUGACACCUCUCCAAAGUGCUGUAGGCCCACUUGGGACAAGAGUUCAUAUCAGCCUCUUAACCUGCACAAAUCCUUUUCAGACUCAGACUUAAGUGAUCCCUUGGACUCAAGCGUAUCCGACAUGUCUGAGGUAGAAUUAGUGUUUGAAGAAAACAGCAGUGAAACUGGAUCAUCCUCAUUUGCUAGGCAGCAGAUUGAAAAAAUGUGGGAUGGGUUCUCUCUGCAAGACUACAUGUCCCGUGCCAAGCACAGCUUGCCCAGCUCACCACCCUGCAGGAAGGUGCCCAAGAAACAGAAAGCCUGGUCUCCCAGAAUCACCGUGCCCAAGCCCUUCCAGAUGACCAUCAGGGAAGCCCAGAAGAAAGAGCAGAACGUCAAAUCCAAGUCCCAGAUUGAACUGGAAAAUCGUUUACUGAAGAAACAGCUGGAGGAGGAAGCAGAGUGUCAGAAAAAAUUCCGAGCCAAUCCCGUGCCCGCCGCCGUCCUCCUGCCUCUCUACCAGGACAUUGUGCAGCGGAACGAGGAGCGCAGGAGGUCUGUGAGGGAGAGGAGCAAGCUCAAGCUCCUGGCUUCCCAAAAGCCAUUUAAAUUCAUUGAGAGAGAGAGGCAAAGGAGAGAAACUAGGAAAAUGCAGUUAAAAGAUGUUUUGUCACCUGAAAAUAAAAGCAAAGUGUUCAGAGCGAGACCGGUUCCAAAAUGUGUUUAUAGUCCAGAUUACAGUGACAAGCUAAAGGAGAAGGAGCUGUACAGGGAAAUCAGGAUCAGGAUGAGAGCAGAGGAGCUGCUACGAAAUUCAAGUGUACCCAACAGCAGACUGGCCUUAAAAGAGACCAACAAAAAGAAGAAACAGAAGAGCACUGAGCACAAACCCAAGAUCAAACCAAGCAUUCCCGAUUUUGAUCUUCUACAUGAGAAAUUCCAGACACGCCUCCUGCAACAAAAAAAAGUGAAACCCCUCACAGUCUGUGAGCCUUUCCACCUUUUUACUUCAUACAUUCCCUCAAACAAGGACAAGAUCUUGAAGGACAUUCAAGAGGAUGAAGAAACAUUGAAGGAAACACGGUGGCCAUUUGCCUCUCUGAGACGGAAACCUCAGAUGGGGCAGUCAGGGGCAAACCCACAUUUCUUGGGAAGAGGAAAAUCCAAAUUUCCCAAAAACACAGAAGCCACAAGACAACGGCUACAAGCCCUAAGGAAUGCCCUUGAGGAAAAGAGAAAGCUGGAAGAACAACAAAAGAGGAACAGAACCAAGCAGAAACAAAGAACGAAAAAAUUCCAGAAAAUUGUGAUGGCUCGGGCUGAGGCCAGUGACCCACAUCAGAGCCUAGCUCAGAUAUCUAAAUCCAGAUUAAAAACAUUCAGGAACAAUGAGAGGCAGAGAAGGAAGGAAUAUUUGCAAGAACUUCAAGAAAUGGAAGAAAGAGUAAAACAAAUGCCAUUGCUUUUUGAAAGAGUUGCUCAGAAAAAUGCCAGAAUAGCUGCAGAAAAGUAUUACUCAAACAGACUGAGAGCACUGGGGAUCUGCCCAGAGUUUGUUUCAAAGAAAGGAGGAGCAGCCAAAUCACUACAAUUCUCCAAUGCUGGAGAUUUUACCUCUGUUGCUGUCAGAAAAAGAAUCAUCAAGGGUAAAGCAAAAGGGGAAUCCUUUGAGGAAGCACCUGGUGACAAUCCCAAGUGUGAGCAGUCCUGGGAGGAGGAGGAGGAAGAGAAGGGACAAGGUGUCAGAACCUCCACUCCAGAUGUCCUUGAGCCUGAAUUCAGCCAGCACAGUGAUGAUGAGGAGGAAGAGGAGAAGGAGGAAGAAACUAAGUCAAGCCUAUCACUUGGUCAUUCCCAGGAGGAAGAGGAGAAGGAGGAUGAAACAAAGUCAAGCCUAUCACUGGGUCAUUCCCAGGAGGAAGAGGAGGAGGAAGAGGAAGCCAAGGCAGACCUGUCACUUGGUCAUUCCCAGGAGGAGGAAGAGGAGGAAGAAGAAGCAAAAGCAGCCCCAUCUCUUGGCCAUUCCCAGGAGGAAGAGGAGGAGGGGGAUGGCUCUAGGCCCAGCUCUCGGUCUGACAGGUCCCAGGAGCAGGAAGAGGAAGCUCAGUCAGAGCCUGAAGCUGCUUUCCAGUAUGAGGAUGAGGAGUAUGAGAGUGAUGAUUCCCAGGAGAAGCCCAGUGAUGAGGAAGGGGAAUGACAGGAAGGGCUGGCACUCAGGAACCUCUUCCACUGCUGGCUGUGGAACAGACACCAGAUAAAAACUUGGUGCUUCUACAUAUCCAAAAUUCUGUGAAUUUUUACCUUUUGGUUUAAGGACCUGCUAGUGCAGGAAUUGUGUUUGUUUUCCAGUAAGAAAACUCAAGUUUGUAGUUUUCACCAAGAAAAUAAUUUCCUUUUCUAUCACUCUUCUUCAUUGCACUUUUCUGUGAUAUUAGUGCAGCUCUGUUGUUAAAAUGAGCUGCAACCUUAUUGUUUAAUAAUGAAUUACACAGUGUGCUGUGUAACCACUGAGGGCUGGCAAAGCCAGGGGAGGUUUUGGAGCAGGAAUUGCCAUUUUACCCCUGGAAAAGGGGAAUCUUUUUACCUCAGGUAAUUCUAGCUGUAUGAAACUAUGCAAGGAAGUGCUUUCAUACCUCUUCUUACACACUGGCAACUCAGGACUUCAGCUACUGCACAAAAACUCUCCAAAAAUAUUUGGGAUUUGUUUUUUUCCUUAUAUCAGUAGUACUUUCUCCUACUAUUACUGAUUUAUUGCUAAAAAUUGCUAUUUUUCCCUCCUUAUUUUGUUACACAGUUGCUCCAUGUUUGGAUGUUUUUUAAGCAUUCUUAUUUAUUUUUGAAGUGUGAACAUAA